AUGUUUAGCAAGAUCCUCAGCAAGGUGUUCAGCCGCGCCUUUCUGAGACCACGAAGGGCCUUUAUCCCGGCCCAGCACUCCACUACCAACUCUCUACGGAUGCUCAAAUGGACCCCUUACCGGAACCGGGUAACCGCAUCAAGAACCUCGAUCGGGAAUGCGCAACGUAGGAUCGGGCACCGCAUCGUCAAGAUGGCCAAUGAUGUUGAUACAACUAAAGAUUUGGUGAGGAGGAUCAGAUGGUACGCGUUAUUCUGCACUGUGGAGGUAAUGAACGGUUCGACGAUCACACGCAUCAUCGACUACUACACCGUCGGGAAGUUGACCAAGUUGUAUGAACGGUGGUUUGGAACUUCGCAAGUAGAUGACUGA